AUGUUUACGACAAAUUACGAUACUGGACUACCGCAGUUUGAUCUUGCCUUCAAUGCGGUCUCACAAAUAACCAGCUCGAUAUUGGCUCCCGAAUUUUCUCAACGAAACACAUCGACCAAACAAACUACAUGUUCUCAAAAGCUCACCCCUUCCCCAACCGUCGAAUGUAUCUCGCGAGCGCGCAUUCCCACAACCACCGGAGCAGAGCUGUGGCUGCACGUAUACAAGAAUGAUCUCGAUAACAAAGAGCACCUGGCAUUUGUCUUCGGAAAUCAAAUUGCGAGCAAAAGUUUAAAUCGGGCGAGAGAGGGUGAAACUGAACUGGACCGAAUGAUACGAGGAGCUUAUACGGGACGGUUGACUCCCGGGCGGAUCAGCAGUCGCGAUGAUCAGGAAUUGGUCCAAGAACGGAAAACAACGCCGACAAAUCCAGUGUUAGUCCGUGUCCAUUCGGAAUGCUACACUGGCGAGACAGCAUGGUCGGCGAGAUGUGACUGCGGAGAGCAACUUGAUGAGGCAGCUCAGAUGAUGAUCGCCUCAGGAGAUGGGGUGAUUGUCUAUCUUCGACAGGAAGGCCGUGGUAUCGGCCUCGCAGAAAAGUUGAAGGCGUACAACCUCCAAGAUAUGGGCCUUGAUACAGUGGAUGCGAAUCUUUCUCUAGGGCAUCCUGCUGAUGCCCGGGGGUAUGGUAUAGCAAUCGCAAUUCUGGUGGACCUUGGCCUGGGCAAUGAUUCCGGCAGUCCUGGAAUUCGACUCUUGACGAAUAAUCCGGAAAAGCUCGACGCCAUUGAAGGUUCCCAUGGAGAGGUCACUGUGAAAGGGAGAGUUCCUAUGGUUCUUUCAGGAUGGGAAAGUACUAGAUAUUUGGAGCUUCACAGAUAUUUAGAAACCAAAGCUAAGAAGAUGGGACAUAUUUUUUGA